GUUGAGUUGAGUUGAGUCAGGGCUGCAUUUCUUUGACGCUCAGUUGUUCCCUUGACGGUCAAGGAGGGGAACUAGUCUGAUGUGUCAUGUGACACGAGUGACAUAGUCGACAUUCCAGAGCUGUGUCGAGCUGGCGUAUAAAAGGAAGGCUCUUCCUUGUCUUCGACACAUCAGCAUCAAGCAUCACGACUGCAAAGAUGGCAUCGGCUCGCGUGUUCUUCGUCCUGUGUGGCAUCAGUGGACUCUUGACUGGAACUUUGUCCGACUUCUCAAUUAACGUAUCAGCUCCCGAGUGUCCUAUGGGCUGGACUCGGUUGGAUGAUCGAUGCUUCAUCUACAAGUCAGACCUUCUGUCGUUUGCAGAGGCGGAGGAUGCCUGCAACACAGAGAAUGCAAAUUUGGCUUCACUUCGCAACAAUUUGGAAAAUGCUUUGGCUUAUCAACUGGUUAGAGACGCUAACGGUGGUAACAUCCCUAACACCUGGAUUGGACUCCAUGAUGGCAUCGAGGAAGGAAAGUUCGUUUGGACUGACGGUAGCAAGGUUGACUUCACAUUCUUCAGAAGUGACCAGCCGGAUGACUUUCAAGGCAGAGAAGAAUGUGUAGAAAUUCAUAUCGUCGAGGAGAGAUGGAAUGAUGACGGAUGCGAAGACCCUCUUGGUUUUGUUUGUUCAUACGAUCUUUGGUAAACAAAAUAACCGCCGCUGCAUGUACCGGAGAAACAUCCUUUCUACAAUCUGGACCACCCUCAACUCUUGGUGACUUUUUAUUGAUAUCUUAUUCUAUAAGUCGGCACUCUUCUUUUCAUUAGCUGCAGUUCAAAAAAACAUGGGACCUUCCAGUGUAUCUCUUUAAUAAAUGAAGGAAUCUGCUUAUGCAA